AUGAGGGCUGUUAGUUUUGUUAAAAGACUUCAAUGGGAUUUACCUGGCACUGUAUGUAGACAUGGUUUAACAAUAGGAGAUGUCGACAAUGAUGGUGAUAAUGAAUUAGUUAUUGGUACAGCGGAGGGAGAACUUUAUAUUUUUAAAGGCUCAGAGUUAUGGCAAAAGAUACCUGGGCUAGGCCUUAUAACUAGUGUAGCGAUAGGAGAUAUUUUUAACUAUGGACGAAAUGCGUUAGUUGUAAUAUGUGGAGAUGGCUGGGCACAUAUCUUUUACAGCCCAAGAUCUGUUAACCCUAACAUGAGCAACGUAACUUCUACUCAACAAUUAAUCAAGGAACCAAUUGAUCAAGACAACAUAAAACAUGGCCAUCCAAGCACGGAUAUCGCAACAGGUGUUAACAUGACAAGUUCUUCAAGUUUAGAUCAAAUAGAUGGCAAUAAUGAAAUUAAUGAAUUAUCUGGUAAAAUGGAGUGUGUUCAUGUACAAAGAAUCCCAACUAAUACAAAAAUGGUCUUAGUAGCAGAUGUUGAUAAAGAUGGUGCAAAUGAAAUGGUACUUGGUUUGACCGAUCGUGUAGUUAGAUCUUACAGAUGGUCAAGUAAUCUAGAAUUAGGUAGAGGAAAGUUAGUUGGACUGAAUAAAUGGGAAUGUGCUAAUCAAAUAGGAACAGUCACGUUACAGCAUAUGGCAGAUGGAACACCAACGUUGUUAGUUGCUCAACCUGGCGGAACUUUCAUGCGAAUUAAAUGUAAUCCAGAAGAUUGUCAUUUAGAAGAUGAAAUUAAUCAGAAAAGUAACGAAACAGCAGCGAGCUGCGUGGAUUAUCAAACGUUGGGAAUAUCAAGAAUGCGCAAUCAGAAUAUUUCAACGGAAAUCAUCGGAGAUUUAGAGUGUGUAGUAGAAAAUAAGUCGAAUUACGAAUUUAAAGAGUUAUUAUUCAAAUCGAGUGCUUUAAACGAAGUGCAAUGUGGUAAGAACUUGAAAUCUGUCUCGCUAGAAUUUAAGAAAAAUAAUUCGCAAUCAGAGAUAAGGAAAAGUAGCCUUAGCAUCAUGGAAGGACGUAGGAAAAAUUCAACGAUCGAAAAUUCUAAAACGAAUAAAGCUUUUGGAACUACCGAUCCUUCUAGUCGGGAUCAAGUUGACGGUAAUAUUUUUGGGGGCAACGUAAUUCUUGGUGGUUACGACAUUAAGUCGGAAAAGGAUUCUUUGUUACCUACGUAUAAGCAUUUUUCGUGUCAAGAUAAUAGCAGUAACAAUAAGAUAGAAGAUGCAAAAGGAAAAGGUAAAACCGAAACUGACGCGAAUGUACAAGAUAAUUUAUUGCAAGGAAAACCUUACGCUCUUGCUACUUUAGACGGGACAAUAAUGUUAGUUAAGGACGAAAUCAUUCUAUGGUCGAUGCAAGUGGAUCAUCAAAUAUUCGCUCUAUGUCGAUUAGACGUUACCGGCGACGGUUCUGACGAAAUAGUUGCUUGCGCAUGGGACGGGCAAACCUACAUUUUAGAUCAACAACGUAAUAGCGUACGAUUUCAAUUCGAAGAACCAGUUAGAGCAUUCUGUACUGGUAACUAUAAUGUUACCCCUGGUUUUCCGACACCUUGUCUCGUAUAUAACAGUUUCAAUAAUAAGAUAUUUCUUUAUUACGAUGUUACGCUUCCAAGUAUGGUUACUAAGCCUUUGAAUCCUAUGGACGAACUCGAUUCCGAAGAAAAGAAAAUUUUAGAUAAUCUCCUAGGAAACUGUACCGAGAUGGAGAAACAACAGAGAAUACAAGAGUUAACUGAAUGGUUGCUGUAUGGAACAUCUUAAGAUUUAAUUAUGUAAAAUUAUAAGAAAAAAAAAACAAAAAAAAAAAAUGAUAAAAUUAUAAAAAAAUUACAAAAAUAAGGAAUAUAUGCAGAUUCUUAUAAAGCAA